UGUCUGAAGCUGACAGUGGGAGAACUGCAGAGGAAGAGAGACUGAGGCAGAGCAUGUUAACAGUCUGAGUUUAAUACUUUAUUUAAUGUGUGUGAACUGGGUUUCUGUUCAGUGAAUGUUAAAUACAGUACAUGUUCAGUGUCGCAGAGCUUCUCCAGUUAUCCUUCAGUAUCUGUAAUACUGACGCUGUGUGUGUUUGGGCUGUGAAGGCGCUGGAUGUUCACAUUAUUUACAGACUCCGUACAGCUGAGCUGAGCUGAGUUCUCCUCCUGCUGUUAUUAAUAUUAUUAAUAUUAUUAUGGCGGUGGUGAACGGUGAGUGUGACCCGGCGGCGGAGUCCUCCUCCUCCUCCUCUCCGGCUGUGUUUAAUCAGAGUGCGUGCGACAGUGCUCGGACUCUGUCGGAGGAGGAGAGGGAGAGGCUGGAAAAUGACCCGGUUUUAGUUUCGGACUUUAAACAGCAGAAGUUGGAGCUGGACGCUCAGAAGAACUGGGAUUUAUUUUACAAAAGGAACAGCACGAACUUCUUUAAGGACAGACACUGGACCACCCGAGAGUUUCAGGAGCUGAAGGCCUGCAGAGAGUUCGAGACUCAGAAGCUGGUAAUGCUGGAGGCGGGAUGUGGAGUGGGGAACUGCAUCUUUCCUCUGUUAGAGGAGGACCUUAACAUCUUCAUCUAUGCAUGUGACUUCUCACCUCGAGCUGUGGAGUUUGUGAAGCAAAAUUCACUUUACUGCCCAGAACGAUGUCUAGCAUUCCAGUGUGACCUGACCAAAGAUGAUUUGCUAGCCACUGUCCCAGAAGAGAGUCUGGAUGUGGCUACACUGAUAUUUGUCCUGUCAGCUAUUCAUCCUGACAAAAUGCAGAAAGCCCUGGAAAACAUUUAUAAGAUAUUAAAACCAGGUGGUAUUGUGUUGUUCAGGGACUAUGGUCUCUAUGAUCAUGCCAUGCUGAGGUUUAAGUCUGGGAGCAAGCUCGGAGAGAAUUUCUACGUCAGACAGGACGGCACUCGCUCCUUUUUCUUCUCCAGAGAGCAUCUCGCCAGUCUGUUUCACCAGGCCGGGUUUCAGACCCUCGUAAACGAGUACGUUCUGAGAGAAACUGUGAACAAAAAAGAAGGACUGUGUGUUCCUCGAGUGUUUCUCCAGAGUAAGUUCCGCAAGACCGAAUGACGGAUUGUUUGGUGCUUCAAAGGCAAUUCUGUGAAUAAUGCUUUUGUUAAUUAUUUUCUUGGACAUGUUGAUGAAGUUUUUAUUAAUAUUUUUUACGGUAUAAUUGUAAAUUUGAUACUCUGUCAAAUCUGUCAAAUAAAGAAAAUAAAGUUU